UAGAGCAGCUCUCAGUCAGACUGAGUCAGUUUGUCAGGAGACCCCAGGAACAUGGCUUCAUCCUUCCUCUGUCUCAGCAUCCUCUUCAUCAGCUUCAGCACAGCAGAUGGAUUCAUGGAGUAUCACGUGGAUCGCUGUAACUUUAACUCCACUGAUCUGAAGGACAUCGAGUACAUCUACUCUUGUUAUUACAACAAGAUCGAGUACGCCCGGUUCAGCAGCAGUGUGGGGAAGUUUGUUGGAUUCACUAAGCAUGGAGUGUAUAACGCAGACAAAUGGAACAAUGAUCCUGCAGAGCUGAACAACAGGAGAGCUCAGAAGGAGAGGUACUGCCAUAACAACAUUGGUGUUGACUACCAGGUUGCUCUGACUAAAUCAGCUAAACCCUACGUCAAACUUCACUCCAUGACGCCUGCUUCCAGUCACCAUCCUGCCAUGUUGGUCUGCAGUGUCUAUGACUUCUUUCCCAGUAAGAUCAAAGUGAGCUGGCUGAGAGAUGGACAGGAAGUCAGCUCUGAUGUCACUUCCACUGAGGAGAUGGCAGAUGGUGACUGGUACUACCAGACCCACUCACACCUGGAGUACACACCCAGGUCUGGAGAGAAGAUCUCCUGUAAGGUGGAGCAUGCCAGCCUGGAGAAACCUCUGAUCACUGACUGGGAUCCCUCCUCAGACUCGUCCAUGCCUGAGUCAGAGAGGAACAAGCUCGCCAUCGGAGCCUCAGGACUGAUCCUGGGUCUGAUCUUAUCUCUGGCUGGAUUCAUCUACUACAGGAGGAAGGCCCGAGGUCGUAUCCUGGUUCCCACUAACUGAGGCCAUUCCUGUUCCUGGUCCUGGUUCUGUCUGAUGUUAUAAAAGCAGCUGCUUCCUGCUUUUAGCAGACUGAUAAUGAUGAUGAUGAUGAUCUCUGUCUGGACUCUGUAUCUGAUCCAGGACCAUCUCAGUGCUGCUGCUGGUUGUUGUGGUUUUACUGGGAUGGUUUUGGAUCAGGUCGAAUGUGGACUCUGCUGUUUGAUGCUUUGAUGCUUCACAUGCCCCUCUGCUGUUUAAUCCAUGUAAUAUAAUCCAUGUAGUCCAUGUCUCUGAAUGAUUUGGGUGUUUCUGCUGUUGUGAUUACCAUAGAUCACACGUUUUCACACGAGGUCAUUGUUCCAAAAUAAAUGACUAAAACUCUCA